AUGGAAUCAUCAACUCUUGGAAAAGAGAUGGAUGAUCUUGACCGUCUCCUCGCCGAAGAUACUCAAAUAAAAGAAGCCAAAGAAGAGGCAAGAAAGGAAAAAAUUGAAACAAUACAAGAAGAACCAAAACAUAUAACUCCUCAAGAAGUGAAGAAAGAAGAAGAACCUAAACCACAAACAAAACCAGUAAAUAAACCUAAGAAACAACGAAAACCUCAAAUGAAAAUUUCAUUACAAGACCUUCCUCUUGAUAAUUUACCAAAUCUUGUAAUUCCAACUCCAAAUAUAUCUCCAAUUCCUACAGCAACACAACCACCGCCUCAAUCAGCUUUUCAACAAUCUAUAAUAACUAAUUUCGAAGAAAGAAUCCUAAAAUAUUUAGAUAAUUCUUUGAAAUCAUUAUCUCUCGAUUUGACAACGCAACUGAACAAUUUUUUUCAGAAAUCAGACGAUAUCGAACCUAUAAUAUCAACAUUUCGAAAAGGACUAAUGUCAGACAUACAAAGAGAACUUCAAAUUAAAGUAAAUUCUAUUUCACCGCCAAUGAUACCAUUUAACGUUGGUAUUGAGUUACCACAUCAACAGACAACAUAUUCUUCAAUGCAAGAUACGAUUAUGCUUUUUAAAGCUCAAAAUUCUUCGAUGCAAAUGAUGAUGAAUUCUACAAUCAACGAUUACAAGAAAGCUGUUCAUGAUAGGAACAAAGUCCUUAAGAAAACAAUGGUCAUGCGACAAGAAAUGAAGAAAUUAAAGAGUGAAACUUGGAAAAAAUCUGCAAAAGCGGAAUUUCAAUUACUUAUUAUAAAAAAUAAAUUAGAAUCGAUUAAAAAUAGAUCAGAAAGCCUUCGCCACAAAAAUAUGGAAUCUGAAUCUCUCGAUAUUUCAAUUCAACCUGAGAUUUCAACUGAUGAUUUUAUUUACGAACUCAAUUCCUUCUUACCAGAGCUGAACAGAAUCACCACCGAGCCAUCAGACACUUUUGAUAAGGUUGGCCAACUUGUUGAUGAUGAAAUUCAAGAUAUUCAUAAAAGAAGAUUCACAAUUGAGAGCACAACACAAGAUUUAUGUACUGCAUUCAAUGAUUAUAUAUCUAGAUUGACUCCUGAUUAUCAGCCAACGCUAACUGAAUUUACAGUUGAAGAUUUAUCUCGACAAAUUCGAAGUCGACUAAAUAAUAUUGACCCAAAUUCAUCGACAAUGCAAUCUCCAAAGAAGAAAAGCUACAGAUCUGCAUAUCAAACCGGAAUACCACAAGAUAAGUUUACUUUACCUUUAGCUUCUUAUUUAUAUAAAUAA